GUGGGAGAGUCGCAGCUGGAGCCUAUGCUGGCUCUGGCAAACCUUUAGCAAGAAAUUAAAAGCGUGAAGAUGUUACGUUGCAGGCAAACAGCAGUCCCAAAAAUGGGGAAGUCAUACAAGUCCAUAGAGUACCACCAUACUUCCUGAAGGGGCAUUGCUUUUAAAAAGCUGCUAUGCUGGUUGUGCAAGUACUGAUGAAUUAAGUUUUAUUUGCAGGUUUUUCAAGGCACCGCACAGCAGCAUUGCUGUAGUCGACAAAAAGACCCUCUACUUGUCUACAUCUUUCGACAUCAAAGCAUUAAAAACCAAUGAAGAUGAGCCUCUUGAACAACGAGAUGCUGUUGGGGGAUUCAUUAUCCCCCUUCAGCCAGCCGUGUUCGGUGGCUGAGGAAAGUCUGGGACUCCUAGAUGACUACCUGGAGGUGGCCGAGCCCCUCAGUUCGCAUGGGUUCUCCAGCGACAAGGCUAAGGCAGUCUCCUCCAAUUGGCUUGCUGUGGACAGUUUAGGCAACACCAUAGAUAGCAGCCAGGAGGAUGCCUUCUCUGGCAUGGAGUGGAUGGUGGAGAAGAUGGAUCUGAAGGAAUUUGAUUUUGAUGCCCUGUUAGGUAUGGAACAUCUGGAAGCCACCGUCUCACCAGACGAGCUGAUGGCCACGUUGGAAGACACGUGUGAUCUCCUAUUUAACCCUACCAUCCAGGAAUUUCACAACAAAGAACCUCCACUGAUAACUGACCUAAUCACCCAUCUCCCCGAAUCUCCAAUUGGAGCAGAUCCAAUGGUCCCAUUGGCUUCCCUUUGGUCUUUUCCCCUCUCCCCAGGGUCUCUGACUUCCACUCCAGACCAUUCAUUUAGUUUAGAACUAGGUAGUGAAGUGGAUGUUCUGGAAGGAGAAAGAAAACAGGAGGGCCCCACCUUUGUGGUAGUGAUCACCAAGUCCGAGAAAGAGGAGGAGAACCAUUCCGAUGAUAGUGGAAUAUGCAUGAGCCCAGACUCCUACCUGGGAACACCCCAACAUAGUCCUACCAAUUCAGUUGGAUCCCCCAAUGACAACCAGUUCCCUACAGAUGCCGGCUGUGGCUCUGUGCGGUCCAAACCAUACGAUCACCCUGCAGAGAAGGUAGUGUCAGCAAAGAUGAAAGGAGAAAAGAAAAUGGAUAAGAAAUUGAAAAAGAUGGAGCAGAAUAAGACGGCUGCCACACGUUACCGGCAGAAGAAGAGGGCAGAACAGGAGGCGCUGUCUGGGGAGUGCAGAGAGUUGGAGCAGAAGAAUCAGGCCCUGAAGGAGAAAGCAGAUUCCCUCAGUAAGGAAAUUCAGUACUUAAAAGAUCUGAUUGAAGAGGUCCGCAAGGCCAAGGGCAAAAGAGCUAGAGUCCCCGAGUAGGGUAGUCAGCAGUUUUCAUGUGCAUGUAUAUAAGCUUGCUGCUAAAGCUGUGUAUUGCUGUCUAAUAAAUUAUUUUAUAGUAAACUUACAA